AUGGGGAAGAACAACUCAAAGAAGGCUGCGCGCCAUGCUCGCAUUACUCAGGACUUCUUUAACCAGGUUCCGGAAUCAUCUACGGAAGAAUCGGCCAAGACCACCGCUGAGAGGCCUUCAAUUUCUCUGCCCACGCAAGUCGCCAGAGCACUCAACUCUUUUGUCAACACUUCAAACAUUCCCAACCCUACCAUCUUGAGUGGCACCUUUCAACAGAUUGAUUUGGGCGACGACUACAGACAAGUUGCCUGCUUACUCGGAGAGCGUGUUUUCCACACCUUCGAGAGGAGCAAAGACGCCGCUCGAGAUCUCCUUCGUCACUUCUUCACUACUGCUUACUUGACUGUUGAUCAGUCGACUGGCAAGAGAGAGUGGCGUGUUGACACGGACGUCAAGAUUGAAAUUGUUCACGCUAUCAAAACCAACAAAUUCAUCGGCCUCUUCACCAGUCAGAGACCUGUCAAAGGCACCAAUCCUGUUGAAUUCGAGGACGUCAUUGACUCUCCAUCCUUCCUCGACGAAUUUGACGUGAUUGGCAUCAUUGUCGACUUCUUUUUCGACUGGGCGGUUGAGUGUGCAGAAUUCCUCCGUCGCAACCCAGACCACAAAGCUGUCGACAUCCCUUUCAAGACCUACGUCGAACACUACCGUCCUUUCACCUGCAUCGGCAUCAUCGAGAUCGCUGCUGCCAUCAGAAACGGAAAGACCAUUGACAUCGACCCUCGACCUCUCGAAUUCUUCAUCGCCGUCAGAAUGAACAACAUGGCUGAUGAGCAGAACCUUUUCAUCCAGGGUAAACCAAAGAAGACUGGCCGCAAGAACAACAAGAACAAAGGUGAAGCCAAAGUGAAAGCUACUGAACCAGAUUCCACCACGAUGGAGCACACUGCCAAACCUGUUGAGAAGAAACAAGAUGACAAAGACGAUGCCGCCGACAUGGAUGUCGCUGCCAAACCUGCUGAGGACAAACAUGACAAAGACAAUGCCACCGACAUGGAUGUCGCUCCCAAAGCUGUUGAGAAGAAACAAGUUGACAAAGAUCAUACCACCAAGAAGAAUGUCACUGUCAAAGGUGCCAAAGAUUUGGAAGAUGACAAAGAAGAUACCAGCGAGGAUGACGCUGCCGCCGCUACCGCUGCUGCUGAGUCCACUGUCACCAAAGUCGAGUCCACUGCUGAAGAUGUCAAAGGCAAACAGGUCAACAAAGAUAACAUCACUCUCCCUGCCGCCACUGCUGCCACAGGUCGCACCAUCACUGUCACUCCUGAUGACCACGUUGCUACUAUGACUUCUGGAGUUGGCACUGCCACUACUGGUCGCAACAUCCCUGUCACGCCUGAUGACCAUGUUGCUACUUUGACUGCUGGUGCUCGAACUAUUUCCAUCAACGACACACGCACAGAUGAAGAUCCGUAUGGUCUCCGCAAUCGUCGUUCGAGAUGGUCUACUACUGCUCAUGGUUCUGCCACCAACAACUCCACUGCUGAAGAUGACGAUCCGUUGAAUCUUCGCGCUCGUUCGAGACUCCCAGCUGCAUCCGUCAUCCACACCGACAUGUUCACUGACGCUGAUGGUCCUACUCCUACUGGUCCUCCAAUUCCUGGUCCUGCCACCACUGGUCGUACCUCUGCCGGCACUCGAUCUGGUUACCCUGAUCUGGAGACUAUCCGAGCUCGUCGUCAUGAGAGAAUUCGUGAACGCUUGGCUAGACACGGCGCCAACUUUCCUACCGCGACUACCGCGACUGCCGCUACUGCCACGACUGCUACUGCUACUGAUGCACCUGGUACUGAUGAGUGCACUGCACCUCCUCCCCGUGUUCGCCCUGGUCGUCGUCAAGCUUCUGCUGCAACUGCAGGAUCCAGCACCACUCAACAGCCACGUGCUGCAGAACCACGUGAGACUGCCACCCAACGCCUUGCCAAGAACCGACUCUACCAGGAGCUCCAGGAUCUUGUCAACACCAACUUCCCUUCUGCUGCGGCUCGCCGCACGGCCUUCGCGCAGGCCAGACAGCGCCUUCUACAUUCCGAGACGGUGGCGGCGGCACGCGGAGAGCAACCUCUGCGUGCCACUGCCACCAGGGCGACGCAGGAGGCAUUGACAAUCGGGCGCGACGACGCGUUGAACGCGGUCCGCCAGCAACGUGCUGCCGAGGCCGCUCGGAUGAGGGCCAGUAGGGCCGGAACGGAGGCGAACGCUCGUGCCAGAGAGCAGGGGUUCGGGUUUGACAUCGGGGGGAUGGGCGGGUGGUAUGGCGAGUUGGAGGCCAUGCAGAUCCAGGGUCUUGAUGGCAACAAGGCCACUGGCAAGAAGGAGGACGAGGCCAAGGAGAAGUGA